UGACCGCUCUCCGCCGUCGCUCGCCUGGUCGCAGCAUCCGGCCUGCAGCAGGCGUCUUACCCAGCAGCAGCAGUCUGCCAGCAGCCUGCCUGCCUGCCUGCCUGCCUGCCCACAUCUCCAGCUCAUCCCCUCGCCUCUCACCAUCCUUUGCACGACUGCACGGCAGGUACUAACACUCUGCCGCGGCGGACGAGUUUCACUACAUUGGCCACUAUCCAUCAACUACAUUGCAGCACACACCCCUCAUGGCCGCACCAGGGGUGCCUCCUACCCCGACUGGCGGCGGCCUCUUCUCGUCGCUCAGAUCCAAGCGCAGCCCGAGCGUCGCCGAAGAGCCGCCCAUCCCCGUCUUCAUCACCCCCUUCCCCAACGGGCACGUCGACACGCUCUCGCCGCCCAUCAAGCCUGUCCGUACCAACAGCAGCAUGACCUCGGACGCCCCGACACUGUACCGCCAGACGCCGCUCGAGCGCCUCGUUGCCAUGGGGUUCGUCAAGGCUGAUGCCGCGUUCAACCUCCGCGCAGCGAACGGCAACUUCCAGGAGGCCUACGACCUCCUUUACCACGACUCGCACCAGCCCAAGAUGUUCCGCAAGGACAAGACGGGCACCAAGGCGUGGUUCAAGGAGGACUGCGCGAUAUGUAUCCGGAACAAGGUCGGUGGCCAGAAGCUCGAGCGGACAGACAGCAGGCGGACCGACGACCGCUCGAGUAUCCGCAGCGGCCACCGUGACAGCUUCAGCGGACAGCACCAGCAACGCCAUGCCCCGCUGCCGUCGCCGACGUCCGAGGUGAGGCCAGCAACGGCGCAGCCAUCACACCCAGCUUCCCACCUGCAAGACCUGCCGCUGCCCGACGUCUUCUCGGCGCGGCAGCAGGUCGCCGACAACCUGUCCUUCCGGCAGCCAUCGUUUGACCUGUCUUCGAUCAGACAGGCCGCGCCCGAGGUGCCGCCUUCGGUGCGGGUGGGGUCGACCGGGACGGCGUCGCCGGCGCCAACGUCCAACCCGGCACUUAGCACCUGGUCGGGCGAGCACCCCGCCCACCCGCCUCAAACUAGCGGCUACAGCAAGGCUAGCGCGUACGUCGAGGAGCGGGCCGCGAGUCCGCCACCGCAGUACCAGAUGUCGCCGACGAUGACUUCGUCGACGAAUAACUCGCGAGAGGCCGAGUUCACCUUCCCGCUCCCUCCGACCCAAGCGCCGAGCUCGAGCAAGCCUUCUUCCCCAACAGACAACCACCAGCCACCAGCGCCAAUUGCCUCGCGCCAGUCGUCCCACCCUACCCCAGCAGUCACGCCCUACUCCAAGCCACCACCACCCGUGCCACCUGGCGCAGAGGCCGCACAGCCGUCCAGCUCGGCGCGCCAAAGCUCACAUCCUUCGCCUCGGCCCGACCCCCGAAUCGCCGAGCUGUCAGAGAAGCUCCGGGGCAAGGAGCGCGAGCUGGACGUCACCACCGGCCAGCGCGAUGCGCUCCACUCGCUCCUGUCGGCGCAGAUGAAGGGCGACGACCUCCCAGAUAUCGUCACGGCGAUCGCACAGAUGCGCGCGGCGCAGCGGUCGACCGACACCCUCCGCAGCGAGCUGCAGAAUGCCAUCCGUGAUCUCGAGACCGCACAGACGCGGCACACCGACAUGGAGCGCAGCCUUGCCGAGGCACGAGACGCAAACAACGUCGACCGCGAGUCACGGCAGUCGCUGACAAAGGAGCGGCAAGACCUCAUGGAGCAGCGCGACAAGGCCGUGACCGACUGCCGUAAGUGGCAGGGCAAGCUCAAGACGGAGCGCCAGCGGGCGAGCGACCUCGAGGGCCAGCUGUCCCGCGUGCGCGGCGAGCUCGACUCGCGGCACUCGCAGACGUCCGAGCUGACGAACCGGCUCAUGGCCAACGCCGAGACGGUCACCCGCGUGCUCGGCGAGCUGGACAACGCGAUCGCCCGCGAGACGCGGUACAAGCAGGAACUCGCGACCGAGAAGGAGGCGCGCACGCGCGUCGAGUCGGAGCGCGACGGCAUGGUCCAGCAAUACGUCACGACCGAGGAGCAGCUCACGCGCGAGAGCGGCCUCCGGCGCGAGGCUGAGAUCAGCCGCGGGAUCUGGGGCCAGGAGGUCGACACGCUCCGCAAGCGCAUUGGCGAGCUCGAGGCGGCGGCAAGGCGGGGAGGCACCAGCGUCAUUGGUCCCGAGUGCGUCGUGUGUAACGAGGAGACGGCGGCGCUGGCACCCGUCAAGUGUGGUCACCUGUGUCUCUGCAGUGGCUGCUCCAAGAAGGUGCUCGCGCAGGGCCAGCGCUGCCCUAUGUGCCGCGAGACAGUCACCAAGGACGCGGACCUCAUCCGCAUCUACGUGACGUGAUGGCCUGCAGCAGCUCCGACCGACGAACGACGACCGACGACAGCGCCGACGACGACGACUAUAUAAUGCCCCAGGAUGGCUUAGAGAUGACUGGAUAUCGCCAAAGCUAGAGAGAGAGGGAUUUUGCGCGCAGGGCAUAGAGUAUCAUCUUGUGUGUUUAUAGCUUGUGGA